AUGACUCUAACGAAACGGUAUGUGCUGAGAUUGUUCAUAUCAAUAAAGUACAUUACUGCAAACGUUGUAGAUCGAAACAGUGGACGAAUAGUAGCAACGUCAUCCACCGCAGAACACGACAUCAAGCAGUCCUUGGAGUGUGCCAGGUCCUGCAAUGCAAAAGCAGCAGCUGUUGUUGGGGAGGUAUUGGCCAGGCGACUCAAGGUUGAGGGGCUUAAUGAAGGAGAAGGAAGAGGUAUUCAUGUUAAUGUAACUAAGGAAAUAGAAAAGAAAGGAUUUAAGAGCCAAACCAAAAUUUGGGCUGUGGUAAAUGCUCUUAAAUACAAUGGAGUUACACUUGUCCUUGAUGAUGAAGAUGAUGGCAAUAAUUCUUGA